GGAGUGUUAGCAGAAAAUAACCCUGCAGGAGAACCAAAAUCGAAGAGGGAUCAAAUUGUGCCUCUUUUCAGAGCUCCACUCAUAAAGUAUACCAUUAUAAUGGCUGCACUAUUCGUAUUCCAACAAGUCGGUUCAUUUGUGAUAUGGCUGCCGAGGAUUGCGAACCAAUAUGUGAACAUCGUCCAAAGUGGAGAUGGGACCAACAAGACCCUGUGUGGUAUUAUCAGAACUGCCAUCACUACCCCGCCCAAUCCCGACGCAGCCCCGUGUUCACUGAAUGUCCCGUCGCUGAUCAUCGUGAUCGCCGUGUGCGUGUUCCAGUCCACGGUUAAUUUAAUUAUUAGUUUGGUGGUGAACCGCACCGGGCGUCGCAACAUGGUGAUAUUCGGAACCUCAGCGGUGGGUCUGUGCGGAGUCGUCACCAACCUGGUCCCUAACGCCUACGGCAGUGGGGUGCUAUUCGUCUGCUUCUGUCUCGGGAUCCUCGCGCACGGACUGUACACAGCGAUGGCGGUAGCGCUUUUCCCUACAUCUGUGAGAGCGAUGGCAGUGUCUCUGGUGCUGGCGGCGGGUCGCGUGGGAGUAUUCGCGGCGAUACAGAUCCUCAACCUGCUGCUGCACAGCCACUGCGAGGCGGGCUUCUACAUCUUCGCUACUCUGUUUGCUUCUUCAGCGAUAGUGGCCCUGUUUCUGCCCGACGAUCGAAUGCUGAUGAAAGCUUCAGCGCCAGAAAAAAAUGAGGACACCGAGAAAGAACAAUCAAAGCUGUGAUAAUAUUUAUUGUAGGUAAUUUGAUAACUUUAUUGAGUUGGUAGUCCUGAAAACGGAAGUGGCUAAAAAGUCGCACUCUUUAUGGUCAUUACUUUAUAGUUGGACUGUAUUUUAAAAGACCAGUGCAAUCCAAAUGGCAAAAGUUAAGU